CCGGGAAAUCCAAGUUUAGAAGUUCGCAGAAGUAGUUCAUUCUUUAGAUAUUUACUGUAAUUUGAGCAAUAAAAUGUAACUUAACGUGAUCAUCUCAUACCCACAGACAUCAAGCUAAGUAUGCCGCGAGGUAAAAAGAAAAAGAAAGGAGCGUCUGCUGAGGAAUGUAUCAGUAAGGGAGAUGACACCAAUCAAAAUGCCUCCAAAUCCCAACUUGAACAAAUUAAAGACCUUUAUGUUGCUCCAACUACAAACAGGGAUAAAACCAUAACUCCAGAUCAGAUUAUGAAAGUAGCAACAGAGAAUCCAAGAACUCCACAGAUGCAAAUGACCAUUGGGCAUUCUGAAAAGAAUGAAAGGCCGACCACACCUUUAAUGAAUCAUCCUUUGCCAAAUGUUGCCACCAGGAUAAAGCAAGCUUCAGCUGGUGCAGGUGAAAAUAAAAAUCAUGGAGAGUGCGCACCUGAAUUACUUGAUCAGUCACCGACUCAAGUUAAAAAGGAAUUAUUGUCAGGGGUUCAUGAAGAAUUGUCACCACAAAUAAAUGCAGACCUACAAUCAGAUGUACAGGUAUAUCAUACAGAAUUGCCAACACAAGGUAUUACAGAAUCACCACACCAAAUAUGUACAGAAUUGCCACCCCAAUGUAAAGAAGACUUGGCACAAGUACAGACAGAUUCACCAACCGAAGUACAUACAAAAUUGGCAGCCAAAAGUGCUUCAGAGUCACCACAUAAAAGACAUGAAGAAUUGCCACCCCAAAUGCCAAUUGAUAUGAUAUCACAAUACAAUCUGCUUAAUGUCAACUAUGAACAAAAUAAACUGAGUUACAUGAAUCAGUUUCAGAUGCUCACAAGCAAGCUCAAUGGAGCAACAACUGUAGAAAAACCAAGCAUAGAACUGGCAUUGAGUUUACUAAAUCAAAAGUUUACGCCCGUGUUUCAACAUCUCCAACAACAAAUUGAGAUUCUUAAGCCCUAUGUUUUUGGCCACUAUAUGGGAGUACCAUUUGUUCCAGCAAUGGGGGUUGUAAAUCCCAUGCAAGUCCAAAUAGCCCAACCCAUGCCCCAUAUUCUCUCAACCAAUGUAAAUCAAGGGAUGGGUAAAAUAGAGCCUAAAAAUUGGGAAGAAACUCAAAGCACUGGUGAAAAUAAAGGUGAACAAAUGAAAGAGAAAGGCAUUCCUGAUGAUGCAAUUGGUAAGAUGCAGUCAUUUGGAGAGAUCAAUGAAUACCCAGACAUUGACAUCAAUGUGGUCACUGACACUAAAUCCCUGCAUGCUGAUAUUAACACUAACUCUAACCAUAACAAACCUGAAGAUGAUCUAUGUGAUGUAUCAUCAACCCAUGAUGACAAUGUUAAUGCAAAUGUUUCAAAUGCUUCAGAUGUAGCUGUUCACAAUCAGCAACAGUCACAAAGAAAGAAGAGCCAACCACAAGUAUGGACCAACCAAGGCGGUGCUAGAGCUAAAAGCAACCCAGGUAAAGGAAAAAUUGAACCAGCUGGGAUGGCAAGGGUUAAUACAGGAAAUGACUUCCCUAGUUUGGGGGAGGCAAAAGUGGUUCAGAGUGAGAAGAAGGCGACUAAUGAAGUGAAAACAAGAACACCCACUGGAAAGAAAACCUUCAAGAAGUAUGAUGUCGAUGUUGUGUUUAAUACUGAAUCAACCAAUAUGUCUAAUGCUGCACAGCAGCACCAAUCAACAUCCAAUGUUAACAGGUCCAGAAAUCAACACUAUGGAUAUCAACAGAGUCAGGGAAGUUUAUUAGGUGAUCCAAGACAUCACCAAGGAUCGAACAAACAAUCACAUAGUCAGUCACAACAGGCUAACAUACAGCAUAUAUCUACUAAUAAGCUUGAUGCAAUUGGUAUGAAAUACAUUGAAGCUACUGCUGAAUUAGACAAAGUUGUGUCGAUUGAAGGAGUCACUGAAUAUAUCUGUGCAUCUUACCAAGUGGAAGAUAUUUCACAGUUGGGAGUACGAAGACUAAAGGACAUCAGAUGUAUCAGUGAUCUUGCUUGGAAACAAUCCAAAUUCAAAUUGUUCUGUGUGGCAUAUGAAUUGUAUCAAAGCAUUGGUACACUAUAUGAUUUAGAACAAGGGCUGAUCAAUAUUUUUAAUAGAGACUUUGAAAAGGAAAAGAAACCACAGAUAACUAGUUUUGAUGAUCUUCAGCUUGGACCCCUUGUCAAACAAGGUGUAAUUUACAAGCUGUUCUCGUACCCUCCAGAUGAGACUGAGUUUCCUUGUAUUGAGAUUAAAGAUAUACUUCAGCAUCUGAAAGCGUAUAUGAGUGAAAAUGAUCUGUGGAGAAGCAAAGUAAAACUGAUGGACUUCAUGGAGUACCUGAAGGAUGAAUAUAACGUAGAUGACCCAUGGGAACUAGGGGUGCGGAUAGGCAGCUUGGGACUUGGCAUUGCAGUUGUCAAAGCUGUCCAGUCAUGUCAGAAAAGGGUUAUGACCAAAGCAAAGGAGGACUUGAUAGCUGAGAUGGAGGUCGAGGCUGAGACUAAAAUAAAUAAAAUCAGAAAUCACUUCAAGACCAGCCUCAAAGAUCAAGAUACCUCAACCCUGAGUGUUUCCAUUGCAACUAGACAACGAUAUUCAAACAUGGAGGCUAUAGAUGUAGUCAUUGAUUUAUUUGGAAUCAUAGAAGAGCUGUUCACAGAGUCGUCUAUAAAGAGAACAUUCAAGAAGUUCAUACAAUCAAUCACAGACACUCCAUUAGCUAGGAAGAUGUUUCAAUUGGCUCUCUGUGUUGGUACACAUGAAGUUCCCAGUGAUCUUGUGAAGACUGAUGCACAUGCUACUCCUGUAGAACAGUCAACUGACACACAUGUUGAAAUUCCCAAACCAUCCAAAGAAAUGGUUAUUGCAAGUUUGAGAAGAAAGCUUGAAAAAAGUAGUGGAAAUAUAACCAUGGAAACACUGUCGCAUGUGGAAACAUCUAUAACAAAAGAGUUCAAGUUCCAAAAGUUUACUGAACUUGGACUUGGGACAUUUCUUCAGUUUCUGCAUCAUCAGAAACAGAUGGUUCAAGAUAUGGGGAUUCCUCAGAUUAUAGUUGGUGACCAUAGCAGUGUUGUAAUGGCAACUGUUUCCAAGCAGCAAGUGUUGGAAAUAAUAAAUCAAUGUGGUUUCACAAAUUCUGGUCCUGAGGCACUUGCCCAGCUAAAGAAUGUUCUAUGCAGUCAAUAUAGAGUAAAGGAUGUGUCAGAACUUGGAGUUGGCUCUUUGCAACGUUUAUUAGACCAGUCCCAAAAUGAUGCUCACAAGUUGUCCAAUCAUGCGAUAUAUUACAGUUCAUCAUAUUCACAUUUGGCAAGAGAAAAUAAACAUGAAGCCGGUAAUGUUGGGCUUCUUGGUCAUAAAACCAAGGAACAAGCCCUGCUAUGCCUGAUGAGGUGCCCUCUAAUGGCUGAUCUUGCUACCUGGUCACAGUGGGACUUAGUGUUUCAACCACAGUUUGGAGAUCUAAAGUCCUUUCUCCAAAGGAACAGCAUUGCAGCGGGCAUGAUAAGCCAAGAAAAGGCUAUUCCAAACUGUACCAAUGAUCUGUAUGCCCUGGAGGAUGAACAAGGGUUACUGUAUCACAUAACACAGGAUACCAGCAGGGACCAGUUCUCCAAAAGUAUGGAAAAGAACAGUAUCAAUGAAACUAUUGGGCGCCUUGUUUCAAUCAUUGUAAGAGAAGGUGGCACAGCCAAGGCAUCAUUGGCAUUACUGGCAAGUGAUGUGAAAGGUCACCUGAUGACAUUGCCAACUGGAGGCAAUUCAGCUUUCACUUGUCAGAGCUUUGUACUGCAAUGCAUAAUCAAGUUACCACUUGUCAUAGCAAAAGACAUCACCAGGAAGGUCUUCCUUGAACCAUUAGCCUCAAUUCUUGGGAAAUCCAACUGUGAAAGCCAACUCCUCCAGAGCUGCAGUUCACUUGAAGAAACAUUGAAGUUACAAAAGCUUGGCCUCCUUCUGGGCAUAAAUGAGUGGACAAGACAGUUUGAUGAAAAGACACAGGUUCCACGCCUAAUGGAUGAUUUCAUUAGUCUAGAGGAUGUUAUUGGUGACAAUAAUCCCGAGGAAGACAAUGAGAGUGAUGAUGAUGAUGAUGAUAUAAGUGAUGAGUUAGAUGAGGAUGUUGGGUUCAGUAUUAAAACAAUAGAUGAAUCCAUAGAGGAAAAUGACUCCAACACUGCAAAUGAGGAAGCUACACCAGAUGUGACAGAGGCAACAGAAGCAAAAGAUCCAGCAAAUGAUGCACAUGAAACAGAUCAAGAGAAUAUAGAUAAAGAAGAAGAUAUAGGAAAGAUUGGGACAGUGAAAGAACUAGAAGAAAAUGGCAAGGAAGAGAGACCUUUGACAGAAGAGGAGUUGGCUCUACACGUUGUGAAUGAAAUCAGACAAACAAAGUUUGGAAUAGGUCUUGAACUGAAUGAAGAUGGCAAAAAGAUCACUCAGGGUCUAAAGGAACUAUUGGGCAGAAGCCUGGAGAAACUAUCAAAGGAAUUGUACAAUAAAGAUACACAUUUUGUCCUGGAACUGAUUCAGAAUGCUGAUGAUAAUUCCUACCCAGAGAAGUGGACAGCAAAAUCCAAACAACAACCUGCUUUGAUAUUUAUCAUAGACACUGAUCGUAUAACACUUGUGAACAAUGAGUGUGGCUUCAAAGAGGGAAACAUUAGGGCAAUUUGUGAUGUUGGCAGGUCAACAAAGGGAGAUAAACAUACCAAAGGAUAUAUAGGUCAGAAAGGAAUAGGAUUCAAGUCUGUUUUUAAGGUAUCAGACACCCCAGAGAUACACUCCCGUGGUUACCAUAUUAAGUUUGAUGCAACUGAUGACUGCACAGGAUAUAUCCUUCCUCAUUGGCUAACUGAAGAAAAUAGAACGACUCUUGAUCUUCAGAUUAAAGGAGUUGAUCUCAACAGUGAAAGGUGGACAACACGGAUAGUUUUACCACUAAAAACCCAAGAUGCUGCAACAAGGAUGUCUUUAACAUCAGGAUUCCAUGAUAUUCACCCUUCUCUUCUCCUGUUCCUUCACAGAUUGAAGAGUAUAUCUGUGAUCAAUCAGGUGACUAACAGUAAAGAGGUGAUGUACAGAUCUGACAUUGGUGAUGAUGUCAUUGAGAUCCAACAUGGUCGAUCGACUGACCGAUGGCUGAUAGUUAGGAAGACUUUGACUGUUCCCGAAAAGUUGAAUCUCCCAAAUAUUGCUGCAACAGAGAUCGCAAUGGCAUUUCCCCUUGCACAGGACAAGACGCAAGCACAUAUACAGCUGGAAAAACAAAGUGUGUUUGCUUUCCUUCCCCUCCGAAACUUUGGAUUCAAUUUCAUAAUACAAGGUGACUUUGAGAUUCCAUCCAGCAGACAGGAUGUGAUUGAGAGCAGUUCUCGUAAUCAGUGGCUGAGAGAGGAACUCCCGCAGCUGUUCAUAGACAGCUUACAAAACUUUAAGGCUCACUGUGGAGAUGAUGUUAUUGCUAUGCAAUCAUUUUUACGAUUUGUGCCUCUGGAAGCAGAGAUCCAGGGAUUUUUCCAACCAGUAGCAACUUCUAUUAUUCGUCUUCUUGCUGCUAAAGAAUGCAUGUUGGUGCAGGGAGAUAAACAAGGGGAAGCCAUAUGGAAGAAACCCUCUGAGGCAGUUUUAUGUCAUGAUAAACUGAUCCAUGAAGUGAUAACACCAGCCCUGCUAGAGCAGCACCUCAACCUACACUACAUACACAGGGAUAUCUCAGAUAAUUCUGGCCUCAAUACCAUGUUGCUCCAGUCACUAGGGGUGCAGACUCUGAGGCGAGACCAUGUGGUAGAUGUCUUCAAGUCUGUGGCUACUCAAUGGCAGAAUGGUCAACAAGAGGUGGAUGUGAAGCAGCUAGCCCAGUGGUUGUCCUGUCUUUAUCGUCAUGUUGACAUUGAAGAUCCUGAGUCUCACCAUCUUUUGAAGCAUAUCUCAAGCUAUCCCAUAAUCCCUCUCUUUAGUGGCAGAUGUGUGGCAUUGGACUCCACUGCUGUAUUCUUCCCAUUGGAAAAGAAAGGUUCCAAGAAGUCUGGAAAGGCUUACAAAACCUUGGAGAAAGACCUGGAUAUUCUAGACUCCAGCUUGAUUACUUCAUUGGAUGAUGUCUCAAAUUCUCAGGUGAAGUCCCAGUUAGAGAGAUUGGGUGCAAAACAUAUCACUGCAAGUGAUGUCAUAGAACAACAUAUUAUACCAGCCCUUGAGUCAACUUCUUGGCUGGCCAAGGGGGAAGAGACUCUAGUUGCGUAUGUCGUAUAUGUAAAGCAGCAGUGGGUAGAAAACAAUAGUUGUUGUGACAUGGAGAGAUUUUCAAAGUGUGUCAAGCUGCUCACCAACAAGAACUUCUGUAAUCCUGCAACUGAGGGAGUACAUUUCAGCAAACAUUAUAUUCCAGAUGUGGAUCUUACAACAGACUUCCCAGGCUACAAGUGGACCAUAGUGUCCAAGUCAUACCUUGAUGCAGUAAAGACAGAGAUCAGGGCAGUGUAUGAGGCUGAGAAGAGGGACUGGUGUCAGUUCCUGGAGAGACUUGGUGUGAAAAGAUUCCUCAAUGUGACAACCACCCAAGUGAAGCUCACCUGGGAUGAACUGGUGGAGUCCAAAUGGAAAAGUAUGUCUGAGCUGGUUCCAAGACAAGAUGAGAUCUCCAUAAAGGAUUAUGAAUGUGAGGAGUUUGAAACAUUGGUAAAAAACUCUACAAAUGACUAUCGUCCAAUGAUGAAGCUUUUCGCUACAUUCCAUCAGGUCUGGGGGCUGUAUGAUCGUUACAAAAUGGCUCUUAUCCUAGACUCAGAUGGCAUCACGUUGAAAUCAUUCCAGUCAACAUUCUAUCAGAACCUGCGUCAAUUGCCUUGGAUAACAGCGUGUCACUCUACUGAGCGCAAUGAGAUCCCUCAAUUGUUACCUGCCAGUCAAGUGUACAUUAGAAGCAAUAAACUAGAGACAUUACUUUCCCACCAUGUGCCAUAUCUGGUUACGCCUCUUGAUAUGGCUGAAAUUGAAAAAAGUCAAUUUGUCAAAGAUUUGGAUUUGAUUACCAUUGUAAAUAUGGAGUCGCAGCUGAAAUCUUGGGCUAAGGUUGACAUCAAAGAUGCAAAAUCAAGGGAGUUUUUCACAUCAAUGCACCAUAUAUGUACAGUAUACAAACACCUGGAGAGGCACUUCCCAGAGCAGGAAUUUAACUCAUUUAUGCAAAAAUAUCCAGUGAUCUUUGUGCCAUCUGUCCCAAUGCCAAGCAUGUCAAGCUAUACACGUCCAGAGUGCACUGUUCUGAAAGGAGAGUUUUACAUGCUGAAGGAUCUAUGUUGGGCAGAAGAUACAGGGCUUUUUGAGAAAUAUUCACCAUCUUUCUCAAGUCCUGAUGUCGAAGAAUACAGGCGAAAAUUAGUGUCACAAUUUUAUGAAUAUUUAGGCUAUGAGUUCAAACAGUUGUUUCUAACCAGACUGAAUAUGUUCAACACCCCUACAAUCUUAGAAUACAGUAUUCUGUUGGAAAACCUAUGUGAAAGCAACUGUGUCAAUGACAAAGGCAUUCUAGAUGAUGUCUUCACAUUAUAUGCAAGCUUGGCUAGGAAGUGCCAAAGAGUGAACAAGAUACAUGUACAUGAAAGAAAGAGUGGAGAUGGUCUCAACCAACAGAAUGUCAACCAAGUUAUGAAUGUACUUAAGGACAAACAGAUCUUCCCCACAGUUGGUCUGAAGUGGGUGAGUAUCGAUGAGCACCCUCUUAUACAAGACAAUCCAGACAUGGUUCAACUCUUCCAGAAACAUCAUCCUGGCAAAGUCAACUUCAUACAUCCUCUCCCAGAGGAUAAUGAGGAUGCACAAGGCUUUCUCAAGAUGUUCAAAGUGAAGCAGUUCAGUGAGUGUCUUCAAACUGAGGUGGUCCCUGAGAGCAUUAUGGUCUCACCUGUUGCCCAAUCCCACAUCAGCCGGGUCGUUCCGUUCCUUCAAAGAAUGAUGAUGUCACAAAAGAUUUUCUCAGGGGUCUACAAAAAUCUAUGUGAUCAAAAAAUACAUCUCCGACUUAGUCUCAUGAAGUUCUUCCAGGCAGCUAAACUGGAGGUUGUAUACAGAGUACAGUGUGGGGCAGAAGAGCUGAGUGUACCUGUCAGUGAAAACUGCUCUGUAAAGCAAGAUGAAGGCCCAAUUGAGUUCUACAUUCACAAGGAUCACAUUGAAUCUCACUUGGAAAUCUGUGGAGGACUUAUGAAAAUCCUUCUGCCUAAAUCGGAUCCAAAUCGCGAUAAAAUGGUGAGGGAAUAUACAUCAUUUUGUCGAGCGUUAAAGCAGCCAUUGUGUCAGCAGCAUGUGUCAGAGGAAGAGUUUGUGAAGGAAUGGGAUCUAGUUGAAGUUCCUGAGAGUGAGAAAAAGUGGCAUGUAGAGGCCCCUAGAGCCCCAACUCCACCCCCACCUACCCCUGAACCAGUGGAAGAGGAGCCUGCAGAGGCCAGACAUGCCAAUAAGAAGAAGGGGGUAGAUUCCCUCAUGAGUUGGCCUCCACCCAGGCCAAAUCCCAAUGUGCCUCGAGCUUUAGACAAUUCAGAUUCCCAGGAGAAAUCUGUAUAUGAGCUGUACCCCAAACCAGCCCCACCAGAGGGUGUACAUGGAGAUGGCAGGCCUGGUGGCAAGCGUGUUGAAGGAGGUGCCACAAGUCCAAUGUCCUCUAUAAGUGGAGCUGGGUUGUAUGCUGGACCUCCUUUUGACAGGUCUGCGUCCCAUCAUUCUGAAAGUGGCCACCAUUAUUCUGGUGAACAGAGUCCUAGUCAGUAUAGUGGUUCACAGAAUUCUGGUCUGGUUGGAAGGCCUGCUCCAGAGGAGGCUAUGUCCCAUCAAGGAGAUGCACCUCCUGUGUCUAACCAAACAAUGAGGUUACACGCUGAAGGUGAACACAGUCAGCAUAUAAAUGAAAGUAGGAAUUCCAAAGCUCAUGAUCAAUCAGAAAUUCCCAGAGAGGAUUCCUCACAAAGUGCCAAUUUCUCAAACAAUCAAGGUCAAAUGUCAAGGAGAACUGAAGGGCCAUCUAUUGUCGACAAUCCAUUACCAGCAAUGGGACCAUCUAUAGUUGAAAGUAAUAUUCCACCUAGAUUUAACCCUGACUUGCCUGCUCAACCAAUGAGAUCCCGUUCCCCAAGCCCUGUGAAGCGUUACCACGGUGAAGUGGGACCUGUCAUUAUGGACGAGACACUGCUGGCUGAUCACACCAACAUUAGUGAUAUAGAAAUUGAGGAAAUCCCAACUGAAAUCCGUGAUCUUGAUCUCCAAGGAUGUGUUGACAUUGCAGGGCCUCAGUCAGAUGAUUUUGGACGCUGGGGCGAGUCUUGGGUCCAUGAAUAUUUACAGUUUAAACAUCGGGAAGAAAUCAAACAGGGAAAAGUGCAAAUAAAAUGGAUGAACAUUGACUCUGUUACCACCACUCCAUUUGAUAUUUUGCUUAAGAGAAUGGAUGAAAAUGGAAUUGUUUCACAUGUUUUUAUCGAGGUGAAGAGCACAAUCCAUGGUAAUAGAGCCAACUUCCCUGUUUCAGUGCUAGAGUUGCAAUGUGCAAUGGGUGUCAAGGACGGAGACCAGUACUGCAUAUACCGUGUGUAUAAUGCAGGAGAUAAAACUAAAGUGCAAUUAAAGAUUGUUCAAAAUCCGAAAGAACUGUUGCAGUCAAAGUCUAUCAGUCUUUUCAUGUGCAUAUAGCUACAUGUACAUACAUAUUUAGAUACAUGUAUAUCCAUUUAGAAAUCUGCCAUAUAGGCAAUAUAUCAUGACCAUUCCUUUUUAUUAUUCAUACAUAUAUUAUGUAUAUAAUAUUAUCCUAGAUCACUUAAAUUGAGGUAUAAGAUAUAAGGCCAAUUGUUUUUGACUUUAAUGUCAACACCUCAAGUGGUUACAUAUUGUUAAAAUUUCCAACAUUUUAUGGAUGGUGUUCUUCGUUUGGAGUUCAGCAUCUGUAACAAUUGG